UGGCUCCCAGCAUGCCAUGCGUGCGGAGCUGACAGCCUUAUAAAUAGUCGCCUUUGCAGGCGGCUGAGAGGACGGGCAGGGCACGCACUGGCCCCAGCGCACACCACACCCUCCCCCCAGAGUGCUGACCUAGCUCCCAGACCUCAGCAGGAUGGAAGAGAAGCUGAAGAAAGCCAAGAUCAUCUUUGUGGUGGGUGGGCCUGGCUCAGGAAAGGGCACCCAGUGCGAAAAGAUUGUGCAGAAAUAUGGCUACACCCACCUCUCCACGGGGGACCUGCUGCGAGCAGAAGUCAGUUCUGGAUCGGAGAGAGGCAAGAAGCUGUCAGCCAUCAUGGAAAUGGGGCAGCUUGUGCCGCUGGACACGGUGCUGGACAUGCUCCGAGAUGCCAUGCUGGCCAAAGUGGAUUCUUCCAAUGGCUUCCUGAUUGAUGGCUAUCCGAGGGAGGUGAAACAGGGAGAAGAGUUCGAAAAGAAGAUUGGACAGCCCACACUGCUGCUGUAUGUGGACGCAGGCCCCGAGACCAUGACCAAACGACUCCUAAAGCGAGGCGAGACCAGUGGCCGUGUGGACGACAACGAGGAGACCAUCAAAAAGCGGCUGGAGACCUAUUACAAGGCCACAGAACCGGUCAUUUCCUUCUAUGAGCAGCGUGGCAUUGUGCACAAGGUCAAUGCUGAAGGCACAGUGGACUCUGUCUUCUCCCAGGUCUGCACCUACCUGGACGCCCUGAAGUAACUGGAGCUCUUGGCUAGCUCCUAGCCCGCCCCACCCUUGCCCCCUGACCCCAGGCAGCCUGGCUCGUGCCCAGCACCUCCACCCUGCUGGGCUGUGCACAGACACAGGAAGCCACUUAUCCUGUCCCGUGGACAUCUGAGCACUAAAGGAAUUGCCAAGGA